AAACUUUAAUCGCAAUGCCUGAUGGAGCCGAACAUUACGCACAAUUUUAUCUUUCCUACUUCAAGUUUACACACUGUGCUAAAACUGAAACUUUAAUGAAUUGUAUUCACACAAUAUGGGACAAUAUGUAAAGGCCACUGUUUUCAUGAGCGUUGUACAUAUUGCUUCUGUCUAAGAUUAGAUAUGUGUUUUCUAUUAACUGUUGUGCAUCGACACAUGCGGUUAUGCUUCGUUACUUCUCAAGUUCAGAAGAUAAGAUUCUUGCAAUUUCAUUUCACUGAGAAGAAAGAGUUUACUUGGAGGGUAAACAAAAUCGCUUUAAUUUGGAUCUAGUUACAGACGGGAAUUUCGUCCAAUGGAUCUGACAUUGUGGGGAAUCUAUGGAAGAUUUUCUAGACAUUCGAUCGAGCCCUAAGUUGUCGUCUGCGCUUCUGUUGACAGCGGCGUUUGUUCACGUGAUCGGAUACUCAUCCACUCAUUGGUCAGACGGGGGUGUGUUUUACACGGGACUGUGGAAAACGUGUAUCCUGACCCCCACGUUUCACUGUCUUGAGGAUGCUUACACGGCAGGUUGGUUUGGUGCUACCCAGGCCUUUGAGACGAUCGGACUGAUUGCUGGAUUUGUUGGUCUGAUACUAACCAUCCUAUACAUCUUCGUAACCCAAACAGCUGGUAAUCGAGUGCUGUUUAUAAUCGACCUCCUAGCGGUGGGAAUAGCAGCUGGAUCAACCCUCCUUGGGGUCAUAAUAUAUGGUGCAAAUGCCAGCGCCCUCUCGUGGUCGUUCGCACUGGCGGUCAUAGCCGGACUGGUAUAUGGUGUGGCCGGAGCCUUGAUGGUCAUCCAUCUGCUCAAACCAAACCUCGUCCAGGGCUGAUGCAGUAGGGAAAUAUGUCUCCCGAGAUGUUCUGGCUGCUAUAGGAGUGGGCGUUUUAUGAGAUAGAUAGAAGGGUGUUGCAUUUUGCAGCAUCGAAUCACAUCUUCCAAGCGCACGAUAUAGUUUUAUUUUUGAUUUCUUUUAUAGCUAAACUAUUUUUAAUUAAAAUUAUGAUAGGAUUUUUUAAAUAUACACGUGCAUGUCUUCCUUGUAAGAAGGAAAUUGUAGAUAGUUUGGGACUUUGUAUCAUGUUUUUACAACCGGUAAUGUAAAAUAAAUAUUUCUAUUUAUGUA